AGUCACAACGGGCAGCUAGUCCAAAGCAUUGUGACAUCAUUACACCAAUAUUCUAUUCAGGCCACAGAGGGUAAAGUGAAUGCCACUUUAGAUCUAUUAAAUCAGAUCUGGAUAUUUUAUGGACUAUACUUACUAGAAGUGCAAGAAAUGAAAGAUUCAGAGUGUCCGUAUCAGUAACAACUUAAUAGAUGAAUUCCAACUUGAAACAAUGGAAGCCGGGAGUGCUGCAGAGCACCCACAGGGCGGACUACAAGCCCUUCACUGAGGCCUCGCUGCAGCUGUACCAGUUCCGCUGCCAACCGCAGAAGAAGCUCAACCCGCCCUUCUAUGCCACCCCGCCACCUAAGAUUGAUAAGGACACGUGGACCAAGUACCGCAAAUACUGCUACAGGACCACCAACAGUGUCUAUGGAAGCUCCUCUUUCACUCAGAGGGGGAAGUCCCUAGUGGUCUCUGUCCUGGACAAAGAGCGUGAGGAGCCAAAACGGAACCAGGCGGCCAACUCAGCUGCCAAUGCGAAACCCUCUGCCACUCCCCCUCGAGCAGGGUGCCAGGACACCACGGUGCCCCCUGCCGAGGGGAGCAAACUGACCGCUUGGGCCUCCCCACCCGCCACCUCCGCAUCCCAGACCUCCUCGUCCUCUUCCUCCGGCCCCCCCACCGGCCUCUCGUCGGCUUCGUCUCCCUCAGCCUCCACGCUCACCACCACCACCACCACCACCCCCACCCCCCCGCCUCCUGCCCAGCAGUCCCACAGCUGUGCUACCCCCGCCACAGCCUGCCCUACUAGCAGCCACAUCAAAGAGGCAUGGAGGUCAGACACCGCUCCGGCAAAGGAGGCUGCACCAGUUGCCAAGGAGACUGCGAAGGCCACGGACAAGCUGCCACAGAUUGGCAGUGGAGAAGGUGGUGCGGCUCAGCUGCAGGAGCAAACAGAGAGGCCCAAGACCAUCGCCUACGAGGACUUCCUGUCGGACAUGUGCCACUCGGUCCGUCUGGAGAGUCUGCUUAAUCAGCGUUUCGCUUCGCAGACCGCCACCAUCCUCAAAGGGAGUCAGCCAAACUACACCACCAGCUACAGGGAGAGUUUCCACAACCUCCAGCAGGACAAGAAGCCCAAAGUCAAGCUCCCUAAACCUGAAACAAAACAACGGCAUCAGUACUUGGUGUCGGAGUAUGCAGACAAGUUUGGCCUCCUACAGCGGGCAUUUCCUCCAAGAAUGUCCCUUAACAUCGCUCCGGUCAAAGUGCCACGCCCACAGGUAGCCAGCCAACGCACGGACCCUCUGCCACAGAGGUUCCUGUGUUCUGAAUACAUGGCUAGUUUCCGCCACCCGAUCACCAUGGCCAGGCCAAAGACAUGCUGAAUCUUGAAUCUUCUACUAGAUGCUGAUGGAUCUCACAACCAUCGCCACCACCAUAAUCUUCACAACAGACAAUACAAUUAUCAUUAUGUCAAGAUUGUUAAAGUUUCAGUGAUGUUAUUUUGCAUAAAUAAAAUAAAAGUUAGGCCUUUUGAUCUGA